AUGGCUCAUCGUCAAGCAACCCACGCUGGCUCAUGGUAUAGUAGUUCAGGCACUGAAUUAUCAAAACAACUAGGUGGUUGGUUAUCCAAAGUUGCAAAUGGCAAUACACCUGCUAAAGCGAUCAUUGCGCCGCAUGCUGGCUAUGCUUAUUGUGGAGCUUGUGCAGCUUACGCUUAUAAACAGAUUGACCCAAGAGGAAUCAAAAGAAUAUUCAUAUUAGGACCUUCACAUCAUUAUUAUCUGACCAAAUGUGCAAUAAGUAUGACGAGUCAAUGUAAUACUCCUCUUUAUCCACUGCAAGUCGAUACCGAAAUUAAUAAUCAGCUGUUAAAAACUGGAAAAUUUGAUAAAAUGUCCAAAAGUGUUGACGAAGACGAGCAUAGUAUUGAGAUGCACCUUCCAUAUAUUGCUCAAGUCAUGUCCAGCCGCUCUCCGGAUUCCUUUACAAUUGUACCGAUUCUAGUUGGUGCGCUUGGAUAUAGGGAAGAGCUGAUGUACGGAGAAAUUUUCAGUCAAUACCUUGUUGAUCCUGAGAAUUUAUUUGUCAUCUCGUCGGACUUUUGUCACUGGGGUAAAAGAUUUAGGUUUACGUACUAUGAAAAAUCUCACAAGCAUAUAUUUUCAUCCAUUGAAGCCUUAGACAGAAAGGGAAUGGACCUGAUUGAACAACUGGAUCCUGCUGGAUUUCGUGAAUACUUAGACAAGUAUCAGAAUACAAUUUGUGGCCGGCACCCUAUUGGUGUUCUGUUGCAAGCAAUUGAUGCCGUUAGGAAAAAGCAAAGGUCCAACAUGAAAAUGAGAUUUUUAAAUUAUGCUCAAUCGAGCCAAUGUUUAAGUGCAAACGACAGCUCCGUUAGCUAUGCUGCAGGAGUCUUUAAUUUAUCUACUUCGUAA